AUGACUUUGACCGCAGUAGUCAAAAGUAGUCGCUUUGUCAAUGCUUUAUUUGUCACCAUGAGCCUCGUGUUGUUUGAGUCCAUCUGCGUUUUCCUGCUUCCCCAAGUUUUGCUGGUGUUGGGUAUACAAGAAAUUCAGGCUGACCAGGAGAUGAUUGGCAAGAUCUCAGCUGCUGGCCAGUUGAUGCAGUGCUCUGCUGCGGUAGAUGUCCUUCUCCUCUUGGAUGGCUCCUACAGCAUUGGCAAAGGAAGCUUUGAAAGGUCUAAGCUCUUCGCAGGCAAGCUCUGUGAUGCCUUGGACAUCCAUCCAGACAGGGUCCGUGUGGGAAUGAUACAGUUUAGCACAACUCCUCACCUGGAAUUCCCGCUGGAUUCAUAUCUGACCAAACAAGAAGUGAAAGAGAGAAUCCAGACGAUUGUGUUCAGAGGUGGGAGCACAGAGACAGGUCGUGCCCUGAAGUAUAUUCUCCGCAAGGGAUUCCCCGGGAGCAGAAACUCGAGUGUCCCUGAAGUCCUGGUUAUCGUUUCGGAUGGAAAGUCCCAGGGCAGUACCACCAUGCCUGCGAUGAGGAUAAAGGAGAGACACAUCACAGUUUUUGCAGUGGGAAUCAAGUUUCCAAGGUGGGAGGAGCUGCACGGGCUGGCCAGCAAGCCCACCGAGCAGCACGUGCUCUUUGCUGGAGAUGCCAACGAUGCUGUCAACGGCCUGUACAGCACCCUCACCGGCUCUGUCUGCAGCUCUCCAGGCUGCAAAGUUGAAUCCCACCCUUGUGAACGCAGGACCCUAGAGACUGUGAAAGAGCUGGCUGGAAACUAUGUGUGUUGGAAAGGCUCAAAGCAGCCAAACACAGUCCGGGCUUCGCUGUGCCCUUUCUACAGAUUCAAGAGAGUUUUGAUAAAACAUCCAUCCAGAUGCUUCCGAACUGUAUGUCCGGACCCCUGUGACUCCCAGCCAUGCCAGAACGGGGGCACGUGUGUCCCAGAGGGACUGGACAAGUACCACUGCCUGUGCCCGGUGGGGUAUGGAGGAGACAUCCACUGCGCACCAAAGCUGAGCCUGGAGUGCAGCGUGGAUCUGCUUUUCCUGAUGGACAGCUCAGCAGGGGUCACACUGGAAGGGUUCCUGCGCUACAAAGCAUUUCUUAAGAGGUUCCUCCAAGCAGUGAUGGGCCGGGACUCACCGAUGAACGUGGGGGUGGCCCAGUACGAUAAUGAUGUUAGGAUACCCAUUGAAGUGGGCCAACACAAGGAUGCAUUCAGUCUGACGAAGAGCAUUGAUGCUUUGAAGUUCAGUGGAGGAGGAACCCUGACAGGCAGAGCUCUGCAGUACAUUGCACAGCAUGGUUUUAGGAGCACCCCAGUCUUUGCAGAUGUACAGGAUGACCUCCCACGUGUGGUUGUCUUGCUCACUGACUCCAAGUCUCAGGAUCCAGUAGCAGAAGCCGCUAAGUAUGCGAGGGACCGAGAUCUCCUCUUGAUUGGUGUAGGCAGCAGCUUUGUGAGAGCAGAGCUGACCGAGGUGACUGGCAAUCCAAAGCAGACAAUUGUCUACUCGGACCCCCAGGACCUGUUCAACAAGAUCCCAGAGCUGCAGAGAAGAAUCUGCAGUGUGGACAAUCCUGAAGGCUGCCAGGUGCAGUCUCUCGAUGUGGCAUUUGCAGUGGAUGCCUCGGCUGGAGUUGGCCUGGAGAAUUUUCUGCGACUGAGGGGCUUUGUCAGGAGCAGCUGUUUGCACUUCAGCGUCAACCGGGAUGUCACCCAAAUUGCCCUUGUGAUCUAUGGCAGCAAAGCUCACACUGUGUUCGCUUUGGACACCCACACGAGCAAUUCAGCUGUCCUCCAAGCCAUUGACCGGGUGCCUUUCCUUGGGAACUCAGCCUCUGCCGGCAGCGCCUUGCUGCAUAUUUAUGGUGAUGUGAUGACAGUGCAGAAAGGAGCAAGACCUGGUGUCAACAAGGUGGUGGUGGUGCUUACAAACGGAGGUGGUGUGGAGGAUGCAGCUGCCCCAGCUCAGCAGCUGAGGGACAACGGCAUCUUGGUGUUUGUGGUUGCCAUUGGGGACGCACAGAGGGACAUGCUGCUGAGGGUUGCUGGGUCUCCCAACUACCUGCUCCACGUCUCUUCCUAUGAAGACCUGCAGUAUUACCAAGACCUUAUCAUUGAAAGAAUCUGUGAAGAAGCAAAAAGCCCCGUGAACCUGUGCAAACCCAACCCGUGCAUGAACCAGGGCAUAUGCAUCCUUGGGCCUGGGAGCUACCGCUGUGAAUGCCACGGCUGGGAAGGACCCCACUGUGAGACCAGAGUUCUCCGAGGUGGUUCUCCAAGAUCCCCAGUCCUUCCUCCGCACUCCCACGUGCAGUGGAGUCCAAGGGAAUCGCAGCGCUUCUCCAGAGCCCCCAGCCACACCAGAAGGAACAUGGAUCAUAGACAUUGA